CUUGGAGAACUCAGUCUCUCCACCCACCAUCGAACUAUAUAUACAGUGAUCUCCAGUGAGAGCUCAUUUAUUGUCUUCAUCAUGAUCAUCAUCUCUCUGCUCCUGCUGGCCUCUCUGCUGCCACACCUGACCUUCACUGCUCGUGUGAAUGUGGGUAUAGUGGAUGGCACAGAAGCAAAACCCCACUCCAGACCUUACAUGGUUUCUGUUCAGUCGAAUAAGACACAUAUCUGUGGUGGAUUCCUCAUUUCUGAUGAGUUUGUGUUGACUGCUGGUCAUUGCAGGAACGGAUCUCAGAUUCUGACAGUUGUGGUUGGUGCUCAUGACUUAAGGAACAGUAAGAAUUCAGAUCGCAUCGGAGUGAAGUCCUACAUUCCACAUCCAAGCUAUACGAUUCAUCUUCCCUGGAAUGACAUCAUGCUUUUGAGGUUACAGGAAAAAGUCAACCUAAACAACGAUGUUAAAUGGAUAUCAUUACCAAAGAAAGGUGAAGAUGUCGAGGUGAAUACUCUCUGUAGUGUUGCGGGCUGGGGACAACUGCAGACUAAUGGCCCACUGAGCAGUCUUCUAAUGGAGGCAAACGUGCAUGUAAUGAACAACAGCGAAUGUUACAAGAGGUGGGGACAGACUUACUACUCAGUCGAACAGAUGAUGUGCACACGUGGCAAUGGUGGAUCCUGCCGUGGGGAUUCUGGGGGUCCUUUUAUUAAUAUAAAAACAUAA